AUGGACUCCAUCUCCAGAGUCGAGUACAACAUCCGUGACCUGGGCACCAGGUCGGUGACUCUGUUCCCUACAAAGGCCCAGGUCUCCCGUGAUGUGAGAGAUGUGCCAUUGCGCCCUGGCACCAAUGAGAUCACCAUCCUGGGACUCACCCCUACCGUCGACGAGCACUCGAUCAAGGUCGAGGGCAAUGGCGCAGCCACCAUCGUCGACAUCAGCAUUGAGCCCGUGCCCAACCACGAGCUGUUUGCCGACGUCUACCCUGACUCUGAUGACGAGGAAAAGUCGGACGAGGAGUCGGACGUUGAAGACGUCGAGGUCAGCGAGAGCCCAGAGCUCAUCGCGGCCAAAGCACGUGUGUCAGAGCUCAACGACCAGGUCGAGAUAGCCAAUGAGGUCGUCCAGUCUACUGAACUCCGAAAGAGGUAUCUCAAUGGCUACUACAACUCGCUCAACCCCAAGCACAACAUCGACAUUGAGAAAGCAAUGGCCACCUACAAAGACGAACGCAUCAAGGCCCACCAAGAGUGCCUCGAAGCUCAAGAGCUCAAGAGCAAGCUCGAGCCAGAGCUGCAGAAGGCUCAGGCCACACGCGCUCGGCUGAUCAAACGGCAUCAGAGAGAGAUGACUCGCGCUAACCGUGAGACAGCCAAGAUCCGGAAGCGCAAGACUGUCGAGCGGCGCAACAAGGAGUUGAGGGAGCAGGAGCGUGUCAAGGAGAAGAACCGUAUCCGAGCAGAGAGGGAGAGCUUCUGGCCCAAGUACUGCUACGCCGUGCACAUCAAGCUUGAGGUUGGCAUCGUCACACCUGCACCGUCUAGUGUCGACGUGGCCAUGGGCGAAAAGGACUGGGAGAUCCCUGAGAACGUCCAAAAGGGCGAGUCGGUGGCCCCGGAGGAUGUGAUGUUGCAGAGCUGCGACUUGAUCCUCUCGUAUAUUACCGGGGCAGCCUGUUGGCAGCCGAGCUACGAUAUCCAGCUCGAUACUACGAAAUGCACCGGCAUCAUCUGCUUUGAUGCGCAAAUCACUAAUACCACCUCUGAGACCUGGGAGAGGUGCAAGGUUACCCUCUCCACGUCGCAAGCAGCAUUCUCAGGUCUUGUGGACGCUGCUCCUACUCUUGAGCCCUGGAAUAUCAUUCUCAAGCCCAAGGGCGAUGGCUACGGGCCCGAUCCCCUCGCCAAGAGCCGCGAGGAAGUCGAACUGCGCUCAAGAUUCUGGGAGUCGCAACAUCCCAGGUCGGAUAUGAAGCCAAGGACUAUAAUGUUUGGCAUCGACAAUCCCUCAUCCAACACACACCCACCACCUCUUCGGGAGCCGGACCAAAUGCGGCCGGGAGAGGGAGUCAUCAACUUCUCCAACACCCCUGCCAACCACCCCCAGCCCCAAGCCUUCCCCGCCGCGCCAGGCCAGCAGCCACCCUUCGACGACGCAGCCCUCUCCGACCCGGGCACCGUCGGCCGGGAGGACUCGCGCCUCAGCUUCGAGGAGUCUCUCAUCGACCAGACCGGCUUCACCACAACCUACGACCUCCCGGGCCUCAAGACCCUCGCGCCCAGGUCCACCCCGACCAGCCAGCGCGUCGCCCGCAUCGCCUUCCCCGACGUCCCCUUCCGCCACACCGUCGUGGCCAAGUACCGCCCGGCCGCCUACCUCAGCGCCAAGCUCCAGAACGACAGCAAGAUCAACCUCACCCGCGGCCUCGCCGGCGUCUCCCUCGACGGCAGCUUCCUCGGCCGCAUCCCCCUCGCCCGCUGCAGCGUCGGCGAGCACCUCAACCUCAACCUCGGCGUCGACCCGGCCAUCACCGUCGCCUACCCGCCGCCCGAGGUGCGCAAGGCCGCCCGGGGCUUCUUCGCCAAGGACGACGUGAGGGUGUACGAGCGGUGCGUGCGUCUGGAGAACAAGAGGACGUGGACCGCGCAGGCCACCAGGCUGUUCGUGCUCGACCAGAUCCCCGUCGCCGAAGACGAGCGGCUGCGCGUGGACCUGUUGCAGCCCGAGGGCCUGGUCAUGGACGGCGAGAGCAAGCCGACGGGCGUGGCCGGCAGGAGCUUCAAGGAGGGGGAUAAGGCGUGGGGGCGGGCGUCGGCGCACUUGAGGAAGGGGGGACAGGUGCAGUGGCUGGUGUAUCUGGAGCCCGGCAAGGCUGUGAAGUUGCCGUUGGAGUAUCAGGUUUCGGUUCCCAAUAACGAAGAGGCGGUUCAGGCGCCUAGGGCAUAG